AUGUAUCUUUUCAGCUGGCUUUUCACAACCCCCCCUCUGGCUAUGGCGACCGUGGACGAGGUACCAUAUCGGUCACCUGUACCCCUUCAAUGGGAGCUGGCUCGACAGACCGAAAUUUUCCUCGAAGAUAGCCUAUGGCCCCAAGCAUAUAGCCUUCUCUUCAAUGUCCUUGCAUCAGGCACUAUCUCAUCGACAAAGGCAGUGAUUCCACUGCCACAGCAUCUCGCCGUCGCAGCUACGAUGCUCGUGCACCCAAGAACAACAACGCGCGCCGAGUCGGAGUACGAAAAAGAAGCACCCAAGGCAGCUUUGCGAUUUCUUCGACUGACGAAUUCCCUUGUUGGUCCCACGGAUGCAAAGUUUAAUCUCGCUUUCGGCUUCACCCAGUUUGCAUCUUCGCGACAGAGUAGGCGGCGUGCGGAAAGCCCCAUGCUCGUUGAGCAUGACAAUCCUGAUACCAGGCCUCUGAAUACGAAAUUCAACCAAGCUGCUUCGGUGUGGCACUGCGCAGAGGAUUUCUGGCACGCUGUCGGUUGGGCAUUUAAUUGUUCAGUACUUCAUCCGGCCCGGUGGGAGCGCUGGCAAAUAUGGCUCCAGUUUAUGUGCAAUGUACUCGAAGAUGAUUGGAAAGAGCGCGAAAAUAAAUACCAAGAGGCAAAACAAAAGCAAACGGAUACCUCGGUUUUGCCAGAGAAGUCAGAGAGGUCAGAAAGGGAGGCCUCGCAGGGCGCUGAACCGAUCAAGGAAGAAAACCACACGGGCAAAAAGCCCAAGGCGAAGACAGUGAAGGUGCAAGAUGACCUUGGAAUCUUCCGGGAAAGCCUGAUAUUCCGUUACAUCGCCUCAAAUACCACAGCUGGACGAAACCGCAGAAUCAUGCGCGCAAUCUUUGCCAACGGCAAGUCAAAUCUCGGCGAGUUCAAAGAGGUAUUCAACGAUGAACUCAGAAUUCCCGUUGCCGACCAAGACUUGCAUAAUGCCAAGAAGAGGGCAGGUGAUAUCAACCUCGACAAGGAUGACUAUGGCGACUACCAGAACAACUCAGACGAGGAUAUCGAAGCUGAUCAAAGCUCAACCUCGAUAUCACCUCCAGCCAAGGGGUCGAAUGCUAAGACACGACGUAGCAAGCGAACCCGACGAGGAACGCGAAAUGCGAUGGAUGAAGCCACAGACCCCAUCAAGAUGGCCAAGAACAAAACACCCUCCCAAGAAAACAGCAAUCUAGCCCCCCCUAGGCGGCUACACCUCCCUCGCCCUCCGCCAGCAGCUCCUCAGCAUCCUAUCCAGCACGACCUCUACGACCUGUUCGUCGAGAACAUCCGGGACCUUUCCCUCCCGAUCUUCCAACAAUUUAUCAGCCCUUCCAACCUGCCACACCUCCUACCCGGAGCGCACUCUACUCUCUGCGAGCUCCUACUCUUCGUCCUCCGCGAGAGCUCCGCCCCCAGCUCCGACGAUAAUUACCUUACCCAGGCCAAGCUGGAGAAAUGCUUCCUCCCGUACGCAGCGGCUACCCCAAGCGUCGGGAACAAUGCCAAAGUCUCCAUUCUGCUUGAGGCCUUGAUGACACUCCUGCACAAGAGCAAGAUGCUCUCUGUGACCCCGUCGCUGGCCGAAGCUGUCCGGUCUGGGAUUGCGCGUCGUGAGCAGGCUAGUCGUGAUCGGAACUCGAUUGAAUGGGCUUAUUUGAAGGAGAGUGGGUUUAGGAUGAAGUUCAUGGUCGAGCAUAUCUUACCAUGA